AUGAACAAGCCAAGUAUCAGGGAGUACAAGCUAGUGGUUGUUGGUGGUGGUGGUGUUGGUAAGUCUGCGCUGACCAUACAGCUGGUGCACUCGCAUUUUGUCGACGAGUAUGAUCCGACCAUUGAGGACUCCUACAGAAAGCAAGUGGUGAUAGAUGACAAGGUCACGAUACUGGAUAUCCUGGAUACCGCCGGGCAGGAGGAGUACUCUGCGAUGCGCGAGCAGUACAUGCGCACUGGGGAAGGGUUUCUUCUGGUGUACUCGGUUACGUCCCGGACGUCGUUUGAGGAACUGAUCACGUACUACCAGCAGAUCCAGCGGGUGAAGGACGUGGAGUACAUUCCCGUAGUGGUUGUCGGUAACAAGUCUGAUCUGGAGACGGAGAGACAGGUGUCGUUCGAGGAAGGUGCCAGCCUGGCCAAGCAGCUGAACGCUCCUUUCCUGGAGACAUCUGCAAAACAGGCGAUAAAUGUCGAAGAUGCGUUCUAUACGCUGGUGAGGUUAGUGAGAGAUGACGGUGGGAAAUACAACAAGUACCUGGAAAAGACACAGGACGGCAACACCGGUGCCGGUGCCAAGGACCACAGCACAUCGAACAUGGCCACCUCCGCCAACAAUUACAACAGCCAGAUGAACAAUGCCCAAUCAGCAGGUAUGGGCGGCGAGUACAAGGGAUCAAGCAACUCUAUGAACAACAACAGCAUGAGAAAUAGCAACGGUCACAUGGAAGGCGCAAAUAACGCAAUGGACUCUUACAACAAGGGCACAGCGGGCAACGACAUGUACGGACAGGACACUAACAUGGACAGCAGCAGAAUGAACCAGCAAUCCACUUCCGCAGCAAAUAACAUGAAUAGUAGUUCGGGUGCUAACAGAGCCAACAACCAGCAAAAUAGGAGCUCAGGAAACACAGGAAAUGAUGGAAGACAGGCGAGGGCACAACAAUCAUCACAAUCUGAGAACAAAAUUACGGAAAACAAGACGAAAGAGAGCGGAGGUGGAUGCUGUGUCAUAUGCUGA